AUGGCCCCUGUCGGAUUCAUAGUGCAUCAUUCCAACCAUUUCUUCGUGGUCAUAUUCGACUAUGAGCGACGCAUGGCGCACGUCUUGGGUCGCCAUAUUUCUGCGGAUUCAAUGGAUGUAGACGGAGAGGAUCCACAUGACUGGAACGAUUGGAGAGGUCCGGAAUAUUGGAGGAAAAUCGGAGCCCUUCAUGGAUGGAGCACAGGAGAUGUCUCAGACGUGUCCAUCAACCCAAUGGACUGGGAGCAAAAUGGGGUCGACUGUGGUCCCAUCGCUUGCUCCGUGCUGGCGCAAUGUCUGAAGCUGGGUUUGGAUGAGCAGGGCAACUUACCCGACUUUGAGAUCCAAUGCGGUCACAAACUGCGCAACUACCUGAUGCUCCUAGACAGCCCACGAGAUGAUUGGAAAGACGACGAGCUACCCGACGAGGACAUCAUCAAUUCGAUCCAGAAUGGGCGAUACCAGGCUGAUUGCCUGAAGGUCCUGCGGAGGCUGACUGUUGUGAGCGCCACCUGCUCCAUGUGUCAACGCCCCAUCGUCCAUCAAGAUGGAGAGCAUGCCUCGUACAGUGGUGAGAAUGGAGAUAGCACCAAUGCUGAGCAAGAUGGUCCAGAUGCAGGAUCAAGUGAGGAUGAUGACCACGAAUAUGCGAGUGAAAACUGGUAUCUUGGAAGCAACAGACGAUUUCCACGUCCAACCGCACCAAUUCCAUUGGCUGCAUACGGAGGUAGGAGAUGGCUGCCAGACGACCAUGGAUUCGAUGAAUAUGAGGGCGGACCUACCAUUGAGAUGAUGCUGACUCCUAGGGAUAUCCAUACGACGAUGACAUUCCUGCUGGGGGAUGCAGAUCUCCACGCUUGGUUAGACUGGGUCGAUUGCGGCUAUCGCAUCACACCAAGUUCAUUCCACAUUUUCUAUCAAUGCGACCCCACAGCAACCAUGGACCACAUCAUGCCUAUCGGAACAACAGACUCCCAUGAUCCUUCGGACCAAGUUCCUGAUCGUGUGACAGGUGCAUAUAGCCUGAAGCGACGGGGAACUGAUCACGACGAACAGUGCACAUACAUCACUGAUGUAGAAAUACUCUCCGCAUCUGAGCUCGUCGAAUCCGCCCAAUAUGAUCCCCCACUGCAGGAUGAAUGCAGGUUCGGACACAAUGCCUUUGUGCGGGGCUGCACCAGUCAUCGGUAUGGCGAUGGUCCUGCCUUAUAUGUUGAUCCUCGAACGAGAUGCUGUUUUCACUCUCAGAAGACAGAGAUAGAGAUCUCAGUGGACAUAGACAGCAUCAUAUGGACAACAAAGGUGUUCCGAUGCAAAGGGAUGCAAAUUCACCCGGUGGGAGGGACUGAAUGGCUCUCCAAACGAUUUCCUAUGUCUGCCAUCCCUCAUUGUCUGUAUGGGCCGCAUAUCAUCAGCAUCAUCGACACUCAAUCUAUACAUCGCGUUCCCAAGGAUGAUCAUCAGCACCCAACGAACGGUCGGAGAAUCACUCUGAUGCCAAAGGAGGUCUUGGACAUAUUCUGGGAUAGGGUACUGCUUCCAUCGAUUGGACAGUGCACCGACGUCAGCUGGGAGCCCUACCUGAAACACACAUUGGAGGAAAGCACGUUACAAGGCCAGAGCUCGCAUACUGUGAUGGAGGACCUGAGCUCAGCAUGUAUGGGUCGGUCUUUCUUUAUUCUGGAAGGAAAGGGAAUCAAGCUGCUCACGAAGGAUGGCCAGAGGGGGCGUUUCUCAGGACCAGAAGAGGCCCUGCGUCGCAACCUGCCUGACCUUGACUGGCAAUAUAUGAUGAACAGGAGGCAUGGCGAACUGCUGGUAGAUGUGGGUGUCUCAUUCACGCCCCACUCUCCAAAUGUCCCACUCGUAGGGGUGUGGCGCUUAGAUGCACUGGAAGCAUCAUUUGGAGCGGGAGGCUACAAAAGAGGGGAGAUACAUCAUCACAACACGCUGUCUAGAUAUGGGGCGCUGCAGGCCGAGAUGCAACAGGAGAGAUCUCAGCAGACGCACAUCGCAUUCAGGAGCACCUACAACCUGUACUAUGAGUCGAUUCGAACAAACAGCAACCAAGCGAAUUUCGCAUCCGACAGCGACGCCUAUAAGCUGUCCCCAUCAUAUAUGGCUGAAUGCACCGAAAUCGCCAAGGUCGUCGAGGGUUGCAAGGAGAAAACAUAUGGUGUCAGGGAUGAGUAUAGGGUGAGCGGACAUGCAGCCAGAAUCAUCCUGGAAAAUGUGGAAGAAAAGGCCAGAGAAUACCUGAAAUCAGAUCCAGUCCUGUGGAUUCCAUCCAAGAUCUGGUUCGAGCUUCUGAGGAGACGGGUGCGGGAGAUUCAGAGGACCCAGAUAUCCAUUGUCAGAAAGAAUCCACCGAAUCUUGGCGUUCUCACUGGAGUGCUCAACCACAUGCUUCGCUCUACAACAUCAACUCCUAUCAUCUACGACUCUCACAUCCGUGAAUCUCUUGCCCUACUCGAGUACAGAAACAUCCUCGAAACUGCAGGAAUCAAAUCGACUGACGUGCAUGUACUGGCCCUCAUGGGAGUCAAUGCAAAGGCUCAAAGGGACCGGGCAGUGAGCAGAACUAAUGUAUGGCAAAGCACCGAGUCUGAACUGGAGGACUAUCCUCUUGGUCGCACACCAACAUGGACUCGACUCAAGGCAGCCAUGUCAAACUCGCCUGCAAUGAUCAUGAGACCCUGGGUGUGGUCACCCAGAUUGUCCAACACUCAACUCUCCGUCGGACGUUCGGUGGUCAUGUUCACUAGGCACAUGUGGCUGAUGCUCACACCCGAAAUCUUCAAGGGCAUCAGACCUCACCCAAACUCGCUUCAAGAGGCCAUGAAGUGCUGGACAAUCACCAGCAUCGAUGACACUCUCGCUGCAGUCGCAUUUGAAGCAUGCAAUGCCGGGCUGAAUGAUAGUACGGGCGUCACUCCUGGUCGCAUGGGUCCGAAGUCGAGGCCCUUCCUUGACAGGACAAUACUCAGUGGUCUGGGCUUUGGGAGGGCUGAUGGAUACAUUGCAGAAUUUCACAGGACGAUGAAGGCGAUGGAUGAGGAUCAGCAACAGUUGCUGAAACAGGGAUUACGUGAGGUAUUUUCGGAACUUCACUGCCUUCCUGCUAGCGGAGCAAGAGUGUGGACGCAAAAGAACGAAUCAAUUGUGUUCACGACCAAUCCAAUAUUCUACAAGAUCGAUUGUAUUGGAAGGGGAGGAGAGAGUCAGAAGAGGGCCCCAAAAGCACGUCGAACGAUGAAGCUGAUCAAGGGUAAACGCAUAUUUGCAGCCGACCUCAUGGACUCACAACCCUUCGACACUGAUGGCAAUCUGCGGAGAAAGACAGAGAGACAGAAGCGGCGGGAACUUCAGAAGAAAAUGACCAUGGCCAGGAAAAACAAGAGAGUCCCCCCUCCCACACGUCCACGGAGACCAUUUCCCAUGACCCAACUAGAAGAUAUUGUGGAAUGA